AUAUAAAAACCAAAAAGAAAAAAUAAAAAACCCUUUCUAUUUUCUUGGUACGUUGAGAAUUAUUUCGCUCCAAGCAGACCGGAUUGCGAAAAAAAGAAGAGAAAAGUCGUUCUUGAUCAUUUUCGUGCUCGAGCAAAUUCAAAACAUUCAUUUCGUAUAGUAGAAGCCUUUGAGAGAUUUUUCAAAGCCGAUGAGCUUCUGAAGAGAAAUGCGUUCUUGAAUUCGUGUCCAUUCGAGAUUUCUAUUCUUCGAGUCUGUUCGAUCCAAGACGAGUCCAUGGCUGCGCCCAGCGCUCGAGCUCAGCCGUUUGGUCAAACCGAGAUUAACUGGGACAAGCUUGACAAGACCAAGUUUUAUGUCGUAGGGGCUGGCCUCUUUACAGGAGUUACCGUGGCACUGUACCCAGUCUCUGUUGUAAAAACCAGGCUGCAGGUUGCAUCGAAGGACGUUGCCGAGAGAAAUGCAACUUCUGUCAUCAAAGGGAUACUGAGAACUGAUGGGGUUCCUGGUCUGUACAGAGGGUUCGGUACAGUCAUAACUGGUGCAAUUCCUGCCAGGGUUAUUUUUCUUACUGCUUUAGAGACCACAAAAGUGGCUGCCUUCAAGAUGGUCGAACCAUUUAAAUUAUCUGAGCCUACAGAGGCAGCCAUAGCAAACGGAGUAGCUGGCAUGAUAGCAUCGGUUUUUUCUCAGGCCGUGUUUGUUCCAAUUGAUGUGAUUAGCCAAAAGCUGAUGGUCCAAGGAUACUCAGGCCACACAAAGUACAAUGGGGGUUUAGAUGUUACUCGUAAGAUUCUAAAGUCUGAUGGCAUUCGGGGAUUAUACAGAGGGUUUGGUCUAUCUGUUAUGACUUAUUCCCCAUCAAGUGCGGUAUGGUGGGCAAGUUAUGGUUCAAGCCAACGCUUCAUCUGGAGUCUCUUAGGCCACGGCACUGAUCAGGAGGAAGCUGCUCCUAGCCAGUCAAAAAUAGUGUUAGUUCAAGCUGCUGGAGGAAUUAUUGCAGGAGCAAUAGCGUCCUGUACCACGACCCCAUUGGACACCAUUAAGACACGCUUACAGGUGGUGGGACAUGAAAAGAGAAGCACUGCAAGGGAAGUUGUUAAAGGCUUGAUUAAAGAUGAUGGUUGGAAAGGUUUCUACAGGGGAUUGGGUCCAAGAUUUUUCAGUAUGUCAGCUUGGGGAACCUCAAUGAUAGUGUCAUAUGAAUAUCUGAAGCGCCUGUGUGCAAAAGAUGACUUGAUGUGAUGUACUGCUGGUCCACAACCUUGAUUCUUCCUGACAUGCGAUUUUUGGUCCAAAACUGGGCAGGGAUUCAUCAUUUUGUUGACAGUGACUGUUUGGAUAGGCACUAUAAUGCUUGUUGUGCUAUAGAGUUCCAGAAACAGAAUAGCUGAUAUUGAAGCUUUUGUGGCUAUUUUGAUUAAGGAGCCAACAUUGUGGUUACCGGAACAGGAUUACUUGCUAAUUUUUGGAAAGGAUUGUUAGACUCUUAUAAGAUUUUUCCAGCUAGAUAUUUGCUUUCUCCAUACGAGGCUCUGUCAACUAGCAAGUGUAUUCUUUGGCACAGUAAAUGCAAAUAAUUUUGAUUUUUUUGAGAUGCAGUUAUUUUCCGGUGCAUUUUUUUCC